GUGAGACUCAGACAGUCAGACAGUCGUAGUCACUGAGCGAGAGGAGAAAUGGCGCAGAAAGGAGUUCAGCUGGACCGGGAAACCUUCUCUUGUUCCAUCUGUCUGGAUCUACUGAAGGAUCCGGUGACUAUUAACUGUGGACACAGCUACUGCAUGAACUGUAUUAAAAGCCACUGGGAUGAAGAGGAUUGUAGGUACAGCUACAGCUGUCCUGAGUGCAGGAAGACUUUCACACCGAGGCCUGUCCUGCUGAAAAACACCAUGUUGGCAGCUUUAGUGGAGGAGCUGAAGAAGACUGGACUCCAAGCUGCUCCUGCUGAUCACUGCUAUGCUGGAGCUGAAGAUGUGGCCUGUGAUGUCUGCACUGGGAGAAAACUCAAAGCACACAAGUCCUGUCUGGUGUGUCUGAUCUCUUAUUGUGAGAAACACCUUCAGCCUCAUUUUGAAUCCCCUGCCUUCGAAAAACACAAGCUGGUGGAGCCGUCCAAGAAGCUCCAGGAGAACGUCUGCUCUCGUCAUGAUGAGGUAAUGAAGAUGUUCUGCCGUACUGAUCAGCAGCUUAUCUGUUAUCUCUGCUCUGUGGACAAACAUAAAGGGCACGACACAGUCUCAGCUGCAGCAGAAAGGACUGAGAGGCAGAAAAAGCUUGAGGCGAGUCGACAGACCAUCCAGCAGAGAAUCCAGGACAGAGAGAAAUAUGUGAAGCUGCUUCAACAGCAGGCGCAGGCCAUCGAUCGCGCCGCCGAUAAAGCAGUGGAGGACAGCGAGAAGAUCUUCACCGAGCUGAUCCGUCUCCUGGAGAAAAGAAGCUCUGAUGUGAAGCAGCAGGUCAGAUCCCAGCAGAAAAGGGAAGAGAGUCGAGUCAAAGAGCUUCAGGAGAAGCUGCAGCAGGAGAUCACUGAGCUGAAGAGGGAAGACGCUGAGCUGAAGAAGCUCUCACACACAGAGGAUCACAGCCAGUUUCUACACAACUACCCCUCACUGUCACCACUCAGCCAAUCAACAUCCAGCAUCCAUAUCCGUCCUCUGAGCUGCUUUGAGGACGUGACAGCGGCCGUGUCAAAAUUCAGAGAUAAACUACAGGACGUCCUGAGAGAGGAGUGGACAAACGUCUCACUGACAGGGACUGAAGGGGACGUUUUACUGCUACAACCAGAGCCCAAGACCAGAGCUGGAUUCUUAAAAUAUUCACGUGAAAUCACACUGGAUCCAAACACAGCAAACACACUGCUGUUAUUAUCUGAGGGGAACAGGAAAGCAACAUUCAUGAGACAACAACAGUCUUAUUCUAGUCACCCAGACAGAUUCACUAACAUAUAUCAGGUCCUGAGUAGAGAGAGUCUGACUGGACGUUGUUACUGGGAGGUGGAGAGGAGAGGAGGAGUUUAUGUAGCAGUCGCAUACAAGAAUAUCAGCAGAGCAGAGGGGUCGAUUGAAUGUGUAUUUGGACAAAAUGACAAAUCUUGGGCAUUAGAUUGUAUCAACAACAAAUAUACAUUUUGGUACAACAAAGUCCAAACUCCCGUCUCAGGUCCUGAGUCCUCCAGAGUAGGAGUGUACCUGGAUCACAGUGCAGGUAUUCUGUCCUUCUACAGCGUCUCUGAAACCAUGACUCUCCUCCACAGAGUCCAGACCACAUUCACUCAACCGCUCUAUGCUGGACUUUGGGUUUAUGGUUAUGAAGCCUCUGCUGAGUUGUGUAAACUGAAAUAGACAGAAGUCAUUCUCUAAAUUGCAGCUUGUUAAAUGUGUAAAUGUGAAUACUUUCUGGUUCCUUCACUCCUCGAGGCUUUUUUUUUGCAUUUCGAUGCUUAUUUCAAAACGCUUUUGAUGCAUUCAAGGCUUGUCUUGAUGCUUUUUGAUACAUUUUCCAACGUUUUCAAUAUUUGUUUCAGUGUUUUUAAUGUUGUUUUUAUUUAAAGCUUUGGAUGCUCGCUUGCUACAACACACACACACAGACAGACAGACAGAUGGACUCUGCUGAGUUGUGUAAGCUGAAAUAGAAGUCAUUUAAAAGGGUGAUAGAAUGAUUAUAUAGGGUAUUUCACACUGUUCCUUAUGGUCUCCUAAUGGGGUAUGUAACAUUGG